AGCUUUUUUGAAGAAAGCUCUGUUGCUGUCCGUUAGCCUGCAAAUAGGCCUAUUUCUUACCAUUUUUUGGUUGUUUAUAUCAUCUUCGAUAAUGUCGCAAGACACUCAGGCGCUUUUAUCACAAGCGGAAGUGUCGCUGGAUAUACCAGAUGAAUCUCUAACCGGAGACAUGACCACCACAUAUCCUACAGCCACGGGAACAAAAAGUUAUGGCGACGGAGCGGUGGGAUCGUUUUUUCAGAAUAAGGGUUAUGGUUGGCUUCUAGAGACUGACGACGAUGAAGAAAAUGAAGAAGACAGACCUUUGCUUGAAGAGCUUGACAUUGAUCCUAAAGAUAUUUAUUACAAAGUACGCUGUGUACUUUUACCCCAUCCAGCUUUUGGUUUGGAUCAAACCGUCCUAAAAAACAGCCCCGAUUUCUGGGGCCCUCUUGCCGUAGUUUUAUUAUUUUCACUCGUGUCACUUUACGGACAAUUUCACGUUGUUUCCUGGAUUAUAACGAUAUGGUUUUUCGGUUCUAUGGUGAUAUUUUUACUUGCUCGUGUCCUUGGAGCGGAUGUGACUUACUCCCAGUCAUUAGGCGUUAUUGGUUACUCGUUACUCCCUCUAGUGGUUACUGCACUUGUGUUAUCGGCCACGAAAAGUUUGCUUUAUCUUUCAAUGUUAUUGAGGAUGGUAGGCGUGUUAUGGGCGUCGUUUAGUGCAGCCACCCUCCUAGCUAGUGAAGAGCUAAAACAUAAGAAAGUGCUAAUUAUUUAUCCAAUUUUUCUGUUGUAUAUAUAUUUCUUAUCUCUGUACACAGGGGCGUAAGGAUUUCAUCGUUUUUUAAAACUUAAUUAGCUUUAAUAUAAAAUAAAGGAUGUUUGAAACGAAAAAUUGAAUUAGUCAAAAUUAGAUUUGUUUGAGAAUUUUAAAAAUAAUUUUAAGAAUAAAGUUUUAUUUUAAAAAUUAGUAUCUUGGCAAUUGAAGAAAAGCAUUAUUUGAUUUGAAAAAAAAAUUUUUGGUUGAAUUCGAAGGACCACAAAACUAGUUUUGAAAUUUGAUGAGCUUGUGGAUUAUGCAGGUUGACUGAUCUGACUUCUGUAGAUAUUUAUGAUUAGAAAUAUUCUGGGAAAAGAUUCUGUAACUGUAAGAAGUUAGUCUCAUCUAUCCUUAAAUGCGUUUUUGCGUUCACGAAAUUCUCAAUUGAUUUUACUUUACUCACUUUCCCACAGAACUGGUUUCAAAAAUUUGACUGUCGUUAAACGAAACAGAUUGACUGAUCAAUGUUCUGUGGACAUUUCUGUUCAAAAAAUAUUUUGGUAUGCUGUAAGCUGUAACAUAGACUCUUUCAAAUACCAAAUCAUGUUGAACCUGGAAAUAAUUUACAAUUGACUAUAGAUUUCUUGUGCAGAAAAACCUAAACUUUGACCCCAGAUUGGAAAAAAAAAUUCAGUUUUGAAUAAAAUCAAUUUUUGAUAACAAAAUCUUUUGGCUUAGACUAGCCUUCUAAAAUUGGCUGUUCAAAGCACUUAAUAAUCCUAAUGCAUCUCUGUCAAAAAUUUCGAUUUUUUUCUCCACCAUUGUACUCAAACUCAAAUGAGCCAAACUCCUGCUCCACAGCAUUUUUCUAUUGUUUACCUUGGUUGUGGACCACAGCAAUCCUCUCAAAAUACUCACUCUGAUGUUUUUGUGUUUCCAACUGUGGGAUUACCGAUAACUACAAAGUAUCACUUUACAAAUCAUUUUAUGUUUCUUUUGAAAACUUGGACACCAUAAACAAAAUGGUUUAAAGCAUUUUGAAAUAUAUGUACAAAGCGCCACAGACUCCGCUUUUACAUGCCUGGUGACUGCAUGUAAUUUUGCUCUUGCUGAAUAUUCGCUUCAAAAUAUGGCUUCUGUGAAAUUAUUCAAUAUUAGCAAAAUAUAUCUGACCAUUCUGUAGAGCUGUUUUUCAAAAAUAUUUAGCGCAGGGCUUUCUUAUUCUACUGUAUAGAAAUAUAUUCUAAUUCAUAUUUUAAUGCUCGAUAUAUUACAAAGUGAAAAACAAA